AUGGGCAAGAAGUUCAGUGGGCUGGAGAUCACUCUGAUUGUCCUCUUCACCGUGGUGACUAUCAUCGCCUGUGUCCUCAUUGGGCUGCUGGCCACGGGGCAAUCCGGAGUCCAAUCUUCAGACACAGACUUUCACCCACGAUGUCAGAAUACACCAGUAGCAGAGAGAAUUGACUGCAUCCCGGAUCAACUAGCAACACAGAGCACCUGCUCCCUCCGUGGCUGCUGCUGGAACCCCCAGAGCGACGCCAGCGUGCCCUGGUGCUUCUUCUCCCCCAGCCACGGCUACCAAGUGCAGGGCUCCCAGAGGUCCACGAAGGCAGGGUUUGAGGCCACCUUGGAGAGGCUGCCGUCCCCUUCCCUCUUCGGGAGUGACAUCCAGACCGUGCUGCUGACGGCGGAGUAUCAGACAAACAACCGCUUCCGAUUCAAGAUCACUGACCCUAACGCUCAAAGGUUCGAGGUCCCUCACGAGCACGUGAAGCCGUUCACGGGAUCCGCGGCCUCCAGCCCCAAAUACAAGGUGGAGCUGAAGCAGAACCCCUUCGGCCUCGUGGUGACCAGAGCCAGCAAUGGCAGAGUGCUGUUUAACACGACCAUUGGCCCCCUGCAGUACGCUGACCAGUUCCUGCAGCUCUCCAUCAAACUGCCCAGCAGCAACAUCUACGGCGUGGGGGAGCACGUGCACAAGCAGUACAGGCACGAUGUCAACUGGAAAACCUGGCCUAUUUUCGGCAGGGACACUCCCCCCUCUGCAGCAAUGGAUAACUUAUAUGGAGCUCACACUUUCUUCCUGUGUCUGGAAGACAACACUGGAGCCUCCUUUGGUGUUUUCCUGAUGAACAGCAAUGCCAUGGAGUUUGUGGUGCAGCCUGCUCCAGCAGUGACCUACAGAACCAUUGGAGGCAUCCUGGAUUUCUACAUCUUCCUGGGGAACACUCCAGAGCAAGUAGUCCAGGAGUACCUGCAGCUUGUGGGACUGCCAGCACUCCCUGCCUACUGGAACCUGGGAUUCCAGCUCUGCCGCUAUGGAUACACCUCCCUGGAUGAGGUGAAGGAAGUCGUGGAGAGGAACAGAGAUGUUGGCCUGCCCCAUGAUAUCCAAGUCAUUGAUAUUGAUUAUAUGGAGAACAGGAAAGAUUUUACUUAUGACAAAGUGAAAUUCAAAGACCUCCCUCAAUUUGCAGCUUAUUUGCAUGACCAUGGACAAAAAUAUAUCAUCAUAUUGGAUCCUGCUAUUAGCACCCAAAAGCUGGCUGAUCAAAGUCCCUAUGGAAGCUACGUCAGGGGGAUGGAGAGAAAUGUCUGGGUUAAUGGGUCAGAUGGAACAGCGUUGGUUGGGGAGGUGUGGCCAGGGGAAACUGUGUUCCCAGACUACACCAGCCCUGAGGCCACGAACUGGUGGGUGAACGAGUGCAAACUGUUCUAUGACAUAGUGCCCUAUGAUGGAAUAUGGAUUGAUAUGAAUGAAGUGUGCAACUUUGUUCAAGGCUCAAAAAAAGGUUGUGCAGAAAAUAAGUUAAACUACCCUCCUUACACUCCCAGGAUUCUCGACCAAGUCAUGUACUCCAAGACACUUUGCCUGGAUGCAGUGCAGAGCUGGGGCAAGCAAUAUGAUGUCCACAAUCUCUAUGGAUAUUCCAUGACCCUAUCCACUAGGAAAGCCAUCGAGACGGUGUUUCCAGGAAAGAGAAGCUUCCUGAUCUCAAGGUCCACUUUUGCAGGAUCAGGAAAGCACGGGGGACACUGGCUGGGGGACAAUGCAGCCACGUGGGACCAGCUGAGAUGGUCAAUCCCUGGAAUGCUGGAGUUUAACCUCUUUGGAAUUCCUUAUGUUGGAGCAGAUAUUUGUGGUUUCAGUGAAGACACCACAGAAGAACUUUGCAGACGAUGGAUGCAACUGGGAGCAUUUUACCCAUUUUCCAGGAACCACAAUGCUGAAUUUGUCAUACAUCAAGAUCCAGCUGCGUUUGGUCCCAACUCCUUGCUGGUGAACAGCUCCAAGCAUUACCUGAACAUUCGCUACACUUUGCUGCCCUACCUGUACACGCUGCACUACAAAGCUCACACCCAAGGAGACACGGUCGUGAGGCCACUGCUCCACGAGUUCUACUCUGAUGAAAUAACAUGGGACAUCGACAGGCAGUUCAUGUGGGGCCCUGGGCUGCUGAUCUCCCCUGCUCUUGAGCCGGGUGUGGAGUCCACUCGUGUGUACUUUCCUGAUGCAGAGUGGUACGAGUAUGACACGGGUGAACCAAUGCAACUGAAGAAAGUAUGGCACAAUAUACCAACCCCAGGAGACAAAAUGGGGCUGCACCUGAGAGGAGGAUACAUUUUCCCUACUCAGAAACCAAGCAUCACCACAGUGGCAAGCCGCAAGAAUCCAAUGGGACUCAUAAUUGCCCUGGAUAUCAACAAUGAAGCUUCUGGGGAUUUGUUCUGGGAUGAUGGAGAAUCUACAGGUACAAUUGAAAAGAAAGCCUACAUUUACUAUGAAUUUAAAGUUUCCAACAAUGUUCUACAAAUGACUGCUAAACACAGCAAUUACGCUGAUCCAAACAAACUGAAAUUUGAGGAAAUCAAGAUAUUGGGAUUGUCCAAGGAAAUAGAAUCAGUUUCUGUGACUCAGAACAACAUUGUGCAAAAUUAUAAACGUAAUAUCACCUAUAAUCCUGCAACAAAGGUUGCUGUUAUAAAAGGACUUCGGCUUGACCUGGGAAAAUCUUACAAAAUCAAGUGGGUUCUAAAUACGAAUAUCAAUAUCAAUAUCAAUGAAAGAUUUAAUUGUCAUCCCGGCCCUGAUGCGACAAAAGAAAAAUGUCAACAACUUGGCUGUUCCUGGGAAGAGACAGCAAAUCCAGAUGUUCCUCCCUGCUACUACAGCUCCAGCAAUCCUUACCUCAUAAAGAACGUCGAUUAUUCCUCCACUGGGAUUGUAGCCACCCUCAGCUUGGACGACUUCAAGGUCAGAGCUAACGAUGCUUACACUACCCCAAUCAGCAGCCUGCGCCUGGAGGUGAAAUAUCAUCUCAACAACAUGCUGCAGUUUAAGAUCUAUGAUUAUCAAAACCCACGAUACGAGGUCCCCGUGCCCCUGAACCUCCCCAGCUCCCCCAAGAGCUCGAGCAACGACCGGCUCUACGACGUCUCGCUCCAGAUCAAACCCUUCGGGAUCCAAAUCCGCCGCAGAAGCACGGGGACAGUCAUCUGGAAUUCAGGCCUGCCCACCUUCACCUUCAGUGACAUGUUCAUUCAGAUUUCCACCCGCUUGGCAUCCCAGUACAUCUACGGGUUCGGAGAAGCGGAGCAACCCACGUUCCGGCACAACACAAGCUGGAACACCUGGGGAAUGUUCACCAGGGACCAGCCUCCAACUUACAAGAUGAAUUCCUAUGGUGUUCACCCAUUUUAUAUGGCUCUCGAAGAAGAUGGCAAUGCCCACGGAGUUUUAUUGCUUAACAGCAAUGCAAUGGAUGUGACUUUCCAGCCCACCCCUGCCCUGACCUACCGCACCAUCGGAGGAGUCCUCGACUUCUACAUGGUUUUGGGCCCGACUCCCGAACUCGUGGUUCAGGAAUACACCGAACUGAUUGGGCGCCCAGUCAUGCCACCCUACUGGUCCUUGGGAUUCCAGCUGUGCCGCUACGGCUACGGCAACGACUCGGAGGUCACCAAGGUCGUGGAGGAAAUGAAGGCGGCUCAGAUUCCCCACGAUGUCCAAUAUGUAGAUAUUGACUACAUGGACAGGAACCUGGACUUCACCCUUUCCCCACGUUAUGCUGGAUUACCAGCUCUGAUCAACAAAAUCAAAGCAGAUGGAAUGAGAUUUAUCAUUAUACUGGAUCCAGCCAUUUCUGGGAAUGAAACCAAUUAUCCUGCCUUCACCAGAGGUGUGGCCAAAAAUGUCUUCGUACAGUGGCCUGAUACCAAAGAAAUUUUAUAUUCCAAGGUCUGGUCGUUUCUUCCCAAUGUCCAAAUCAACGAGUCACUGUCUCAUGAAGAACUAGUAGAGAAGUUUGUAUCACACUGUGCUUUCCCAGACUUCUUCCGCAAUUCCACGGUGGAGUGGUAUAAGAGGGAAAUCCUGGAGGUCUACAACAAUCCCGACCCCUCAAAAAGCCUCAAGUUUGAUGGCCUGUGGAUUGACAUGAAUGAACCAGCAGCUUUUAUGAAUGGUGCCAUGGGUGGCUGUAAGAACAACCUCCUAAAUUAUCCCCCCUACAUGCCUCAUUUGGGAUCUAGGUCAACAGGAUUAAUAUACAAAACUCCGUGCAUGGAAGGUCUACACUACCUCCCAGAUGGGACCGCAGCCAGACACUUCGAUGUCCACAGCCUUUAUGGAUGGUCCCAAUCCAGACCCAGCCUGGAGGCUUUGCAAGGCGCCACCAAGGAGCGCGGGAUCAUCAUCAGCCGCUCCACGUACCCCAGCAGCGGGAGAUGGGUGGGGCACUGGCUGGGGGACAACACGGCAGCCUGGGACCAGCUGCACAAAUCCAUUAUUGGCAUGAUGGAGUUCAGUCUCUUUGGAAUAUCUUAUACAGGAGCUGAUAUCUGUGGCUUCUUCAAAGACGCGCAGUAUGAGAUGUGUAUCCGCUGGAUGCAGCUGGGUGCAUUUUACCCAUAUUCGAGGAAUCACAACGAGAAAGGAACACGGAGGCAAGAUCCUGCUUCCUGGGAUGACAAAUUUAAAGAGAUGUCCAGGGACGUGCUGAACAUAAGAUACACCCUGUUACCUUAUCUCUACACCUUGCUGUACGACGCCCACGCCCACGGCAGCACUGUGAUCCGCCCCGUUCUCCACGAGUUUGUGGGAGACAAGACCACGUGGGAUAUCGACAAGCAGUUCCUCUGGGGUCCUGCCCUGCUCAUCAGCCCUGUGCUGCAAGAGAAUGAUCGGAGUGUGAUCGCUUAUUUCCCCGAUGCCCGCUGGUAUGAUUACCACACAGACUUAGAUACUGGCUUUAGGAAAAAAUUCCAAAAUUUAUCAGCACCUUUGGAGCACAUCAACCUGCACAUCCGAGGUGGAUACAUCCUGCCCUGGCAAAGACCUGCUAGGACAACUGCUUUCAGCCGGAAAAACCCGAUGGGACUGACGGUGGCCCUGGAUGAUAAUCUGCUUGCAGGAGGACAACUGUAUUGGGAUGAUGGUGUUCGCAUCAAUGCAUAUGAAGAUGGUGUUUACCUGCUGACAUCAUUUACUGCUAAGCAGAAUGUUCUGGAGAUCACCGUCACACAUCAGAAUUACACGGACCCAAACAACCUGAUGUUCACUGACAUCAAAGUCCUGGGGGUGCCCAGCAAUGUCACUCAGGUGACAGUGGCACACAACGGGGUGGCAACCCCAUCAAACCACAAACUGAUCUAUAAAAACAAGCUCCUGCAAAUCACCAAUCUCCAGCUGAAACUGGGCCAGAACUACACCCUGCAAUGGAGCUAGGAAGGAAAAGGAAAUCGGCCACGCCUCUGCAUUUUCUUCUACUUUUAAAACCAUUUUUCAAUUUUCCAAGUGCUUUUUUGUCACCUUGGGAUGCUUUUUCCCUCACCAACACAGCAGCACAGUCAGUUCACAGGCAGGUAUUUUGUGUACAAAGCCACGAGCCAGCAGUGCCACUUCAGGAUAAAAUUCAUCUUUCAAAGUGAGAUCUGAAGGGAAAAACUCUGUUUUUUCAGAGUAGACUUCUUCUCUGACUUCAUA